UCGUGUAUUGACGGAAGUGCGUCGCGUGUAUUGACGGAAGUGAGUGAGCGGAGAGGAUGGUGUGUGAGAAAUGUGAAAACAAGUUGGGAAGGGUUAUUACUCCAGACACCUGGAAAGAUGGAUCAAGGAACACAAUGGAAAGUGGUGGCCGUAAGAUCAAUGAAAACAAAGCUUUGACUUCCAAAAAGGCAAGGUUUGAUCCAUAUGGAAAGAGCAGAUUUUCAGUGUGUCGUAUCUGUAAAAGUGCAGUUCAUCAGGCUGGUUCCAAUUAUUGUCAAGGCUGUGCAUACAAAAAAGGCAUCUGUGCAAUGUGUGGUAAAAAAAUAUUGGAUACCAAGAACUACAAGCAAACAUCUGUAUAACUGAAGUAUAAACUAUGCUCGGGUGUUCUGGAUAUCGUUGAAUAAUUUGAAAAAUGUGCUAUAGCAACAUUAACAACUUAUGCUCUUGUACCUGAAAGAUAAAAUAUAUGUAUAUAACUAGAGCAGAAAAAGAAAAGCAAACAACAUCAGAUCUAAAUAUAGUUGUUUAUUAGCAUCUAUUAGUGGAUGCAUUUUAAAUGUAAAAUAUUCCUUGAAUUGUCGUGGCUUUUGACUUGACAGUGGUAUUGGCAGUGUCCAAGUGAAAUGGAGACUUGAUUACCUCAGCUGUAUGUUGAAGCUUAUAAUACUUGAUGGCUUAUGUCCACCUUCCGUAUCCUGCAAGGCUCUAAAUGAGUGUUCCUGUGGUUGUCAAUACUUCAAUUAGAAGAGCUGUAGAAAGUGCAGUUUUGUUUUAGUGAAGUCACAAAUGAUGGAACUUGCUUUGCUGUAAGACUAGCUUUACUGAAACAUUGGCUAUUUUAUGAAAUAAUAAAUUAAUAAAUAAUAAAUGGUGGUUUCCUUUUUGGCUUUGGUCUCCUAGUUUGGGAAAUGAGAAUAUUUAUCAAGAAUUCUGUAAUUUGAAUUUUUUAUCAUUACCGAGGCUGAAUUGUUGAGUUACAGAAUUCCUAAAUAAUUUUGGAAAGUUUAAUUUUUCUCAAUGGUAUGUAACGGACUCUUGAUUAUCCGUUUUGAGAAAUAAAGUAACUUUUGGAUCCCAA